AUGACCGAGACAGCACCCGCCGAAACGGCUCCUGCAGCCGCACCCGCCGCCGCAAAGAAGAGUCCCAAGAAGAAGGCGGCCGGCCGGAGCAAACCAGCCGGUCCCAAGCUGGGCGAACAAAUCGAUAAGAUUGUGGCGGAUUGUCGCGAUAGGAAGGGUAUGUCCGCUGUGGCCAUCAUGAAGGCUCUGACCAGCAGCGGUGUCGAUGUGGGGAAACGUCGCGCCCAGAUCAGGAUGUGCAUCAGGAAGAGAGUGGAAAGCGGCUCCUUGGUUCAGACCAAGGGCGCGGGUCUUUCGGGAUCCUUUAAAUCCGUCAUGAAAUCUCCCAGCAAGAAGUCUGGCGCCAAGAAACCAGCGGCUAAGAAAGCGGCAGCGAAGAAACUAGCGGCCGAAGCCAAAGAGCCCAAGAAACUCGCAGCCCCGAAGAAGGCGGCCAAGAGGACAGCAGUCAAAAAGUGA